AUGGUGCUCGAGGUUCCCGAUGCCGGUCUUCUCUUGGAGAGCCCAGCAAAUGCUGGUGUCGCCCUCCCUUUGCAGGCAUUCGCCAUCACAUUGAGCGAUAGCAUCAUCGAGGACAUCAUCACUUGUGUCCAAAAUGGAGGCAGUCUCGAGCUGUCACUUGGAAGCGCUCCCAAACUGCACUUCGAUGGGCGCGAUGUCCGGAUACCGAAGACACCUGACCCAGCUGGCUAUGACCUCUUCCGAUCUACGGCUGAUAAUCCUUCCACUGCCACACGGCUUCCGUAUCCAGCUGCCUCGCUCUUCAAAGUCCCGAAGUUACAAAAAGCCAAGGCCAAAGCUGCGAAGACGGCCAGGACAAUCAGCAAGAAAGAAGUUGCAAUAAAAGAAACGCAAGUACGACCUUCAGCCGUGUCCAGCAAUGCCGUACCGAAGCCUCCACAGAGCAAACUGGAGGAUGACAUUGCGAAUCUUGAGAGCUCCUACGCUAAAUUGGAAGCCGAUAAACGGGAGAAUGCCACGCUCAUUCGAGGACGGAUGCUCAAUCCCAAGGCUGCCAAAGGCAAGACAGGCAAAAAUUUGCUUGAGCCCCAGGCUGCUGCUUCACCUCGGUCACUACCCCCAAGUCCUGCAUUGAGCGGCAUUGGAUCUCCAUCCCUAGCCCCAGCUAUUAGUUCAGUGCAAGAGCGUGCCAAACAACAGCGAUUCCCUAUAAUCCACGAACUAGCUGUACAGCCUUUGACUUGGAGGGAGCUUAAGGAAAAGUGGGACGCAGCAGGAGUCGAUGGAACCGAAGAGGACUUCAGUGCUGCCGUGAAUAAGGUGGCCACGCUGAACCCCGAAAACAAAUGGGAGCUUGGGAAAAUGCACUGGAAGGAGCUGGACGUCUUUGAGUAUCCUUAUGACAGCGAGAAGAGUCGCCAGAAAGCGAUCAACAACGCCGUUCGGCAGUACGACCGGAUGCGGCUAGCCUCGUCAGACCCGCUUUGGCAGAAGCUACUUCCUAAAUCGGAGCGUGGGAAGGGCAUUUGCCUCAGCAAGUUACAAGCUGCUAUCGCGAAGGGUCCGGCCGUUUCCGGCCCUAAACUUAAGCCUGACGCCUCUAGCAACAGUGGGGGCGACUCCGAGAAGGAUGAUGCAAGCUCAGCAACAAAGAAGGCCAAGGGGGGUGAGCCGAUGUCGAGGUCAAGUUCCCAGGCCUCGACCGGGAAAAAGAAGCUAUCACCAUCAGAGGCCCAGGCCAAGCGACUUCUUUCCACUUCAAAGAAGCCUGGUGCUACGAAAUCAACACCCAAGGUAUCGCCAAACAAAACUUCGAAAGGAGCGGGUGUGAAAGGUGGCCGAAUUCUGUCGAAGGAGUUUGUCACAGAUUCCAGUUCCGAUGACGAGGCAGCUUCGUCAACCUCGAUUUCGAAGUCAAGCGUUGUCGCGGCAUCCCUUGGGAAACCUGCUGAACAGGCAGUGGAUAAAUCGAAGCUUAGCAAGACAAAGGAGGGGAUCACUCUGAAACCGAAAGCUGUCUUGCCCUCGCGCAGCGUCCUGAAAGACAAGGAGAAGAGUGAUGAAAAGGCAAAAGACACCAUCCGUACUCAGUCUGCUGUGAAGUCUGCAAAGCCACCGGCAAAGCGUACUCGUGAUGCGGAUGAUGACGACAGUUCUAGCUCUGGGACCCCACUCAGCAAGCGUGUAAAGUCGGUUGCAAAACCACUAUCGACAGUGGCACCUCCGGCGAAAUCCAGAACUUCGUCCGAUACCGCGUCUGCCAUUCGUGCAGCGGGCGCCGCGGUUCCUCCCAGGCCAAAGAACACAUCACCUGCCAAAUCUUCACCUCUUGCUUCCUCCCCACCAACUAAUGCGUCAGAUCUGGAUCAAGAUCGCGCAUCAUUCUUUGGAGAGCGCGAGCCAGACCAUGGCACCCCAUCUACCGUCAGCAACAAUACCGACGGUAAUGGGGCUGCCUCGGAUAAGAAGAGGCCUACCGAUGACUACUCGUCACCGAAGCCUAAGCGCCCACGAUUGUCCGCGGACAUCAUUGAAAAGGCGGCCAAGUUCAAACAGUUUUACGCUAGAUACGAACAACUGCAUCAUGAACUUGCUGGCCUUGAGAACCCAGACCCAAGCAAGGUGACAGAUCUCCUUGAUAUGCACGAUCGUCUUAGCCGGCUCAAGAGGGAAAUCUAUGCUGAAGUGGAACGAUGA